AGCAGCGUUUAUAAGCCCAAACCCUAACCCACCAUUCCCACACUCGCCUCGACGCUUCCAUUUGAGCCCAACCGAAUCAAAGAAGAAGCGGCCGCCGCCCCUCUUUCUCAGCUUGCAUACGGAAAAUGGUGAGAGUCAGUGUGUUGAACGAUGCUCUAAAGAGUAUGUACAAUGCCGAAAAGAUCGGAAAACGACAGGUCAUGAUCAGGCCUUCUUCAAAAGUGAUUAUCAAGUUUCUUAUGGUCAUGCAGAAGCACGGAUACAUUGGAGAAUUUGAAUAUGUUGACGACCACAGAUCUGGAAAAAUCGUGGUUGAACUAAACGGGCGAUUGAACAAAUGUGGUGUUAUCAGCCCUCGAUUUGAUGUUGGUGUUAAGGAUAUCGAGCCUUGGACUGCAAGACUUCUCCCAUCGAGACAGUUUGGAUAUAUUGUGCUAACAACUUCGGCUGGAAUCAUGGAUCACGAAGAAGCACGUAGGAAAAGUGUUGGUGGUAAAGUACUUGGUUUCUUUUACUGAAGUUGUGGUUUGGCUCUUUGUUGGAACAGAGUAUUUGCGAUGGCAAUUUUUUUUUUGGAAGUUUUUUAAUGAAAUCAAAUAUUAAAUUUCGAGGUUUUAGAAAUUCUAGAGACGAUUUUGUUACCUUGGUGAUAUAAAUUGCCUUUUGAUUUUAUGUGUUGUUGAGAACUAAUUUGUUGGUUUUAAUUAUCGGAACAAUCAGAUUUUUCUGAAGCAAUUUGUUUUGGCUUGUUUG